UGUCAAUCAAACCGCCGCUGAAACCAUAGCAACCUGAUCAACCUGCCUCCCACACCUGUCAAUCAAAGAACAUUGCUUCCUGCCGCGGCGGCAAAGAUUGUGGUCCGUUUCCAUCAUUUCAGGUCAACAUGUUGACAAAAGGGAUAAAGCGAAAAUUUUCUGAAGAACAAGCUGUGGAUGCCUGUCUUGAUCCUGUUGGCAGCAGUGUUAGUUUGCCAUACAACUUGCAACGCCAGUCACUUCUAAAUAUCUCAUUGUUCAAACUUCAGCUGUGCAAAAUGCUGGUGGAACCAAAUCUUUGUCGCUCAGUGCUUAUAGCCAACACAGUGCGACAGAUCCAGGAGGAAAUGAUACAAGAUUGCAGCUGGCAGGGACAAACUGCUUUCACAGGAAGCGAUCUCUACGUAGGUCAUACUUCCUCAGAUAGUCUAGUUGCUACAGACUUCUUAUGUACUCCAAUAAAAGAGCAACAUGUGGAAAGUUCCACUGCCUCCGCAAGUAAUACCAGCAAUAUUACUAAAAGCAAGGUAAACUGUUCAUCUUGUGAGAAUAUUACUUGUUCUGCUGCUGCUGCUUCUGUUAAAGACGCCAGUGCUGUAAAAGAUCUGGUUCAAGUGCAUUUUGAAAAUGAUCUGAAUAUGUUGGAAUCUGAGGAGCAGCAAGUGGAUCUAAAGGAGUGUCCAAAGCCCUUGGAUCAAGUAUUCGGGAGUUUUGAGUUUGCAAAUUACUCUAGCCCUCUCACAGACAUGACAAUAGAUGAUUUGUUUGCGGAUAUUGACACCUCCUGGCACGAGCUUGACUCAGUUAUGUCUGGGUUGAUGACCAGUCCAAAAACGACACCAGUCAUAUUUGAAUUACUAAAUGGCUUGCCAUCACACACAUCAACACCCAUAAAUUCUGCCCAGAACUGUAAAACAGAUUUAACUGAGCUUGAUCACAUCAUGGAGAUUAUUGUCGGGUCCUAAGUUUUAGAAUUUUCUUCAUUUUAGGAUACCUGUACAAUUUUUAAAUCUCUCUUGUAAAGUUUUCUGACCAGAUUUUAAAAAGAACAAUGUCACCACCAGUGUUCAGGUGAUGCCUUUUGCUUACGGUGCUUUCAUUGCAUUUGUUCUCUUUGUCAGAAUUGUUAAAAUUUAAAUGGUACAUAUUUUCAUACACAAAUAUAUAUAUUAAUACCAAUUAGCUUUUUUUACAGUUUUAAAACUUAGCUGUAUGGAUUUUUACUUCUCAUAGUUUAAAAUCUUUUGUAUCAGAACAAUAUGAUUCAAAGAAGUUUUAUGAAACGUCUUCCUUAGUGGUGCCAAGUAAAGAUCACAACUUCUAUUUCUAAUUACAUUUUCAGAAUUACCACUCAAAUGGAACUCUUAUCAAUUCUAUGUGGUAAUUCAGAAAAAAGGGAAUUGUCACUAUAAAAUGAGGGGAAAAUGUUCUUACAUUGCUGUCUUACAAAGUUCUUAAUUAUAAUCUGUAAAUUCAAUGUGUUAGUAGUUGUAUGUGCUAUAAUGGUAUUGAAUUGUUUCCUUGCUAGAUGCUCUGUGGACUUGACAUGAAAAUGUUCCACUUUGUUCUGUGUAAUCGCAACAGUACUGUGAAUCUGGGCACAGAAGACCACGCUGACUAAAGAUUGAAAAUUUGUGUAAAUUUAAAGGUUUAUUCCCAAUAUUUAAAAAAAUAAGCGCUUAUGAUUUAUGCUUUAUGGUGCAUAUUAUUUCAAAUUAAGCCACUUUUUACAAUUACAAAAGCCAUAUUUUCUGAUGGUUAGAUAGUUAGCACAAGCUGAAUUCUAAUUGGGACUGUUGAUCUAAGUUAUUAAACGUGUUAUUUAUUUAUUUAAGUGAAUAUGAUACAUUUGUGUUGUAGCACAGAACUGAUUAUAAUUAUGAAUCCUGAUAUGAAAGGCAAUUUUUAGGCCAGUUUGUAAGCAUUGUAGGAACUACUUUAAAAGAAUCAGAAUUAUUUUUUAACAGUAUUAUAAUAGAGUUACUCUCUUUAAAUAAAAACAUUAGAAACAUUUUCAGUAUAUAAAUAGCUCAAUCUAUCAACUUGUAAGUCCCAGGAAAAAAAAAUUAGGUUAGGUUUUUAUUAAACUUGUUAAAAUUAAUCUAUUUUGUAUUAUCCAUGAAUAAAGUACAUUUAUUAGUCUUAAGCAAUAACAUAGAAACUGAAACAUUAAUGUAUACUUUUAACAUUUGUAAAUGUAUGCUAGAUUUUUUACGUAAUUA